AUGAUGACUACUUCUUCUCAGCAACAAUCGACAUUUCUCUACGAUCCCGAACUCGAUCUUCGUGAAGAACACAUCUCACUCAUUUCCAAACGCUUGUUAACAGCACUACGAGAAAGUAAAAUUAAACAUUUAUCAUGUGAUAAUCUCUUUCUUCCAUGCAAUCAUCUACGAAACAUUGCCAAACAAUGUUUAAUCAUGGCUGCCGAAGAACCAUUUGGUAUUAUGGGUGCUCAGAUUCGCAUCAAACUCACGUCACUAUCAACGAAUCUGACAUCGACUACAACCAAAUAUCUUCCACUGAUUCGUAUCAAUCCGAAACAGAAGACGGUCUUCGAGAUCGAAAUCGAUUUGCACGAGGAUACGAAGGUGUUUACAUUAAGAAGACUGUUACCUGAAAUGAAAUUGUUCAGACAAUUGAAAGAGAAAAGUCCAUUGUAUGUAAGUCCCCGGUGUUUACUUGUAAAGAAAGUUUUUUAUAAGAUAGCUGAACCGAAACUCGCGAUGAUUAAUUCGAUGACAUAA